AUACUGUUCUAUGCAAAACAGCUCAACUUUUUUUUUCCUCUCUCUCUCUAGAUUUCAGAUUUCACUAGAUUUCAUCACAGUUUUAAGAAACUUUUACUAUUUUUAGCUCUCCAAAUUCAAAGAUUUGAAGACAUUUUUAUUCUUUUACUUCUAAUGCCAGCAGAGUUUUAACAUUUUUAAAGAUUUGAAAAAGAAAUGAGGAUUUUUGUGUGGGUAUUUGCUGUUGUUAUGGGGAAAUGGGUAAACGGGUUUGAAUUUAAUGAGACGGAAUCGGAGUUAAUUUACAGUGGAGCUGGUUAUAAUAUUAAUGGUUAUGGUGGUGGUGAUGGGCGUUUUUUUAAUGAAUCGUUAGCUUAUAAUAAUGCUUUAAUGGUAGGACUUACUCUCAUUCAAGGUGCUGGUGCUACUGGAGCUGUCUGUUUAGAUGGAACAUUGCCCGGAUAUCAUUUGCAUCGCGGAUAUGGUUCAGGAGCAAAUAGUUGGCUCGUUAAUUUGGAGGGCGGAGGAUGGUGUAAUAACAUUAGAACUUGUGUUUAUCGCAAAACAACAAGGCGCGGUUCAUCUAAAUACAUGGAAAAGCAAUUGGCGUUUACGGGAAUUCUGAGCAACAAUGCUCAAGAAAAUCCUGAUUUUUUUAACUGGAACAGAGUGAAAGUCCGUUACUGCGACGGCGCCUCUUUUGCUGGAGAUGGUGAAAAUAAGGCUUCACAACUGCAAUUUAGAGGAGAACGCAUAUGGUCAGCGGCAAUGCAAGAUUUAAUGUCAAAGGGAAUGCGUUACGCCAACCAGGCUCUUCUCUCUGGGUGCUCUGCUGGGGGUUUGGCUACUAUUUUACAUUGCGAUGAGUUCAGAAACUUGUUUUCUGGGAGAAUUAGAGUGAAAUGCCUGAGUGAUGCUGGUUUAUUUCUUGACGCAGUGGAUGUUUCGGGUGGCCGCACCCUGAGGAACAUGUACCGUGGUGUGGUGGGCUUGCAGGGGGUGAAAAGUAACCCACCGCGUAUGUGCACGAACCCCCAUGAUCCAACUUCGUGCUUCUUUCCCCAGAACGUAAUAAACAAUGUAAAAACUCCAUUGUUCAUUCUUAACGCAGCUUACGAUUCAUGGCAGAUCCAAUCGAGCUUAGCUCCAUCAAGUGCCGAUCCUCAUGGCUAUUGGACUGCAUGCAGAAAGAACCAUGCAAGAUGUUCAGCAUCCCAAAUCCAAUAUCUGCAAGGAUUUAGGAAUCAAAUGCUGCGUUCAGUAAGAAGAUUCUCAGGGUCAAAACAGAAUGGACUGUUCAUAAAUUCUUGUUUCGCUCACUGCCAAUCGGAGAGGCAAGAUACGUGGUUUGCUGAUAAUUCUCCUGUUAUCGGUAAUAAGGCAGUUGCAAUUGCGGUUGGAGACUGGUAUUUUGAUAGGUCCGCCGUUAAGCUGAUCGACUGCCCAUAUCCAUGCGACAACACUUGCCACAAUCUGGUAUUCAGAUGAAGCAAUAGAAAUUAGCUUGUAACUUAAGUCAAUUUACAUGUCUCCCAAUUGUUAUUGGGAAAAAAAAACUGAGCAAUUAUUUAAUGAAGAUCUACAGAAGACAAUAAGAAGCCGAGAAAUGCAAUGAUUCUAAGAAUCAUCAGCAAGUCUUGAAGCAUUACUGCAGCACAUCUUGUGCAAAGCAAGUUGCAAUUUUUGUCUUCAAUGUAAAAUGUAUUAUUAAAUCGAUAAACUUGAUUAAUCAGUUAAUUUAAAUCCACAUUUGUAUUA